AUGGACCCACUCAACUGGGAAUACAGGCUGCAGGAUAGCUCCUUCUCUCAGGCUAGGUCUGCUGACGGCUCGCUAAGAGAGUCUCACUCUAUCAAGUACGAUGCAGGCGACUACGAAUACAAGUAUAUAACCUUGACCAAGAAGCAAUACGAUAUGUUUCGCGAGGAGCUGCGGCUCCGGCCGCAGGGUCUGCUGACUGAAGAGUACUUGCUGCAGGUUCUCCGCGUGCAGCAGACAGCAGGCUGGGAGCACUAUUAUAUUUAUCCGUGA